UCGGUCACCUUCACAUGGAACUCUUGAGAGUGGGAUCAAAUGUUAUGCAGACUUUCACCUUUUCUGCCAGUGAAGAAAAUAUGGACCGUCAGUGGGAAGCUGUCAACUUCGCUGCCUGUGACCUUGCCAGAGAAGUAGCCGGCAAAGGUGAUGCUUUGAUAGCGGGGGAGGGGGGGGUCUGCCAGACAUCAUUGUACAAACACUCCAAGGAUGAAGCAAGGAUUAAAACUUUUUGACUCCAGCUAGAGAUUUUUGCCAGGAAAAACGUGGCUUUCUUGAUCACAGAAUAUUUUGAACACGCUGAAGAAGCUGUGUGGGCUGUGGAAGUCUUAAAAGAAUCCAGAAAACCCGUGGCAGCCACCAUGUGCAUAGGCCCAAAGGGAGAUGCACAGGGUGUAACACCUGGACAGUGUGCUGUGGAACUGGUGAAGGCAGGGGUUUCGAUCCUUGGCAUGAAUUGUAGAUUUGGGCCCAGGACCAGCCUGAAGACCAUGAGGCUCAUGAAGGAAGGCCUGCAGGCUGCAGGGUUGAAAGUGCACCUGAUGGUGCAGCUGGGGUUUCACACGCCUUACUGUGGCCAAGUAAGGUUUAUGGAUCUCCCAGAAUAGCCCUUUGGACUGGAGCCCAGAGUUGCAACCAGAUGGGAUAUUCAAAAAUAUGCCAGAGAGGCCUGCAACCUGGGGGUCAGGUACAUAGGCGGGUGCUGCGGAUUUGAGCCCUACCACAUCAGGGCGAUGGCAGAGGAGCUGGCCCCGGAAAGGGGAUUUUUGCCACCAGCUUCAGAAAAACAUGGCAGCUGGGGAAGUGGUCUCAGUAUGCACAUCAAACCUUGAAUUAGAGCCAGGGCUAGAAGACAGUAUUGGGAGAAUCUGCUGCCAGCUUCAGGCAGACCUUUCUGUCCUUCACUGUUAAAGCCAGACGUCUAAGGAAUAGUGAAAGAAAACACUGAAAUAACAGAACGGAAAGCAAUCACCCUCAAGUCCCACUUGGAACCCUUCCUUGCCUCUAUCCUCAUGCCACCUUGAUGUCUCCAGCUGCUGAACAGAUAAUAUGUUGUCAAUUUAAAACAGGAUGCGUACUGCACUCCUGCUGUGGUUGAGUGCCAAGCAGGAUGCUGGAGGAGAUGCAAAGAUGAUGAGAAAGGCUCCUGGUCCUCCAGAUACUUCCUGUGCAGUAAUGCUGCAGGGCAUGCCUUGAAGGUCAUCAUGAAUAGCAAAACUUGUCUUGUAGAGUGAGUGUGAGAUUUAAAAAUAACCAGAAGUCACUGAGCACCAAACCCAGUAAUUAAUUCAGGUGACUAAACUAGGCAUAGGAGGAAGAUGGGGUGGCAUUCUAAAUUAAAACUAAAUCAGUGAGUCUGCCUUUCUUAAAUGAUUUCUAUAAUGACUCCAAAGGCAAUCCCAAAUGAAAAGAAGCAAAAAAUAUUCUGAGCAAUGGCAGGAUUAUUGAAGUAAUCAUAUAACCAUCCAAAGUGAUUGCUUUCAAAAAACAGUUUUACUUAAAGAUGUUAAGUCCUAGAAUUUUUUUAAUGUGUCUCUAUAAUCACAAAUAGCUAGAUUACAAACUACUUAAGGACAAGAAUCAUGCAAUAUGCUUCAUAUAUUUUUCUUUAAAGUGUUUAGCAUUGUGCCAAGCAUACUAAUAGAUACUCCAUAAAAUACUUACUGUUCAUUGUUUAAAAUAAAUAAAAAUAGAUAAACAGUUUUAGGAGAACGUUUUUAAACUUAGAGUUCAAAUCUAUCUUGGUCUAACAUUUUCUUGAUUUACAUUGAGCUAUUUGCUAUGUGCUGAUUUCUCCCUGUUUUUUCAAAAAUACUGUUAUCAAUUUGCAACAAUUAAUAAAAUUAAAAAUAAUUUACCUUU